UAGUAAAUAUCCGUACGACUCUGCGCGCCUUAACAGUUUUGAGUCCUUCUCAGCAUCCAUCGUAUGAACUCGCUUUUCGUUUCUUCAAAGUCUUUCCUUUCAAUCUCCACUUCUCUUUUCAAUUUUCUUUCUCCAUUUUCCCACCUACAUUCCCGGAAAGUUUUAGCCAUCUUCCCGGCAAUAUUCCCGCUCUGAAAAACGCUUCUUUCCCUCUUCCACUUAAUGGGGCUUCCUCAUUUCUUCCAGAGAUUACUUCCAGCAGUCCUUCUGUUCCACAUUCUCUUUCUCUUCGAUUCUUCUUCAUCCUUUCGGGAGGGACGAACUUGUAUUGUGAACAGAAACUGCGACGCCGGAUUGCAUUGCGAGACCUGCUUCGCCGACGGCAAUGUCCGCCCCCGCUGCACUCGAAUCCAGCCGAUCAGUCCGAUUUCAAAGGUGAAGGAUCUUCCGUUUAAUCAUUACGCAUGGUUGACAACCCACAACUCUUUUGCGAAAUUAGGGGCGAAAUCGGCUACUGGGUCUCUGAUUCUUGCUCCCACGAAUCAGCAGGACUCCAUUACUAGCCAGCUCAAUAAUGGUGCCAGAGGGUUUAUGCUUGAUAUGUAUGACUUUGAAAACGAUAUAUGGUUGUGUCACUCUUUCGGAGGCCAAUGCUACAACUAUACAGCUUUUCAACCUGCCAUUAAUGUUCUCAAAGAGUUCCAAGCAUUUCUUGAAGCAAACCCAUCGGAAAUCGUUACCAUCAUCAUCGAAGACUAUGUCACGUCACCAAAGGGUCUAACUAAUGUGUUUGGUGCUGCUGGUCUGAGAAAAUUCUGGUUUCCAGUAUGGAGAAUGCCCAAGAAUGGUGGAGAUUGGCCCACAGUUAGCGACAUGAUCCAGAAAAACCAACGUUUGCUCGUUUUUACUUCAAAAGCGGCAAAAGAAGCCUCUGAAGGAAUUGCAUAUGUUUGGAAAUACAUGGUAGAAAACCAAUAUGGGGAUGGAGGAAUGAGAGCAGGUUCAUGCCCGAACCGAGGAGAAUCACCACCGAUGAACACGACUUCAAGGUCGCUUGUAAUUGUAAAUUUCUUUAGAACUGCUCCAAAUUUCCCUGAAGCUUGCAAGGACAACUCUGCUCCAUUACUCAACAUGGUGAACACCUGCUAUAAUUCAGCAGGAAAUAGAUGGCCUAACUUCAUUGCUGUUGACUUCUACAGGAGAAGCGAUGGGGGAGGAGCUGCCGAAGCCGUCGAUGUAACGAACGGUCACUCUGUUUGUGGAUGUCCAAACAUUUCAACUUGCAAGGAAAACAUGAGAUUUGGGGCCUGUGAGUUACCUGAGGCAAUUGAUGCAGCAACAUCAUCAUCAGCAGCAGCAGAUGUGCAAAACAGCUCCGCCGAAUCAAAAUGCAGAUUAGCUCAAUUGUUUGCUUUGACGGCCACAUUACUUGCUGCACUCUUUCUCCUGUCACUCCAGGAAUUUCAUGUUUAGGAUAGUUCUUCAAUACCCUUUCAAGUAAUUUAAAGGUUUUUUUUCCCUUUCCUACAUGAUAGAUGACUAUAUGUUAAAAAGAACUCGGAAAAAGUUCAAAAAUAUUUAAAAGUCUUACAAUGAAACUGCCAGUUUGGUAGUGGUUUUAAAAUGAUUAAAAUUACUUCGAUAUAUAUCU